UUGGGUGCCGUGCAUGUGCUUGCCGGGCAGCUGCAAUGGCGCAGUCCUGCCACCUGAACAGGUAUCUUCUGCUCAUGGCACAGGAGCACCUGGAGUUUCAGCUGCCGGAAAUAAAGUCUUUGCUUUCACUUUUUGGAGGCCAGUUCACCAAUACUCAGGAAACUUAUGGAAAGUCUCCAUUUUGGAUUCUUAACAUUCCCUCUGAAGAUAUUGCAAGAAACUUAAUGAAAUGAACAGGGUGUGCCAAGUCUAUUUUUGAACUAUGGGGUCAUGGAAAAUCUCCUGAGGAACUGUAUACUUCUCUAAAAAAUUACCCUGUGGAGAAGAUGGUUCCAUAUCUACAUUCAGAUUCUACAUAUAAGAUAAAAAUUCAUACAUUCAAUAAAACACUGACACAAGAAGAAAAAAUCAAAAGAAUAGAUAAACUUGAAUUUCUGCCAUUUGAAGGAAAAGUAGACUUAAAGAAACCGCAACAUAUCUUCUCUGUUUUAGACGAUUAUGGUUUGGACCCAAAUUGCAUACCUGAGAAUCCACAUAAUAUUUAUUUUGGUAGAUGGAUUGCCGAUGGACAGAGAGAACUGAUUGAGUCUUAUAGUGUCAAAAAGAGACAUUUUAUUGGAAAUACAAGUACAGAUGCUGGCUUAUCAUUCAUCAUGGCCAACCAUGGAAAAGUGAAAGAAAAUGACAUUGUCUUUGAUCCAUUUGUUGGAACAGGUGGCCUCCUGAUAGCUUCUGCUCAUUUUGGUGCACAUGUAUAUGGGACAGACAUAGACUACAACACAGUUCAUGGCUUGGGAAAGGCUAGUAGGAAAAACCAGAAAUGGAGAGGACCAGAUGAAAAUAUUAGGGCAAACCUUCGUCAAUAUGGUUUAGAGAAGUAUUACCUUGAUGUCCUGGUUUCAGAUGCAUCUAAACCUUCCUGGAGAAAGUGUGCAUAUUUUGAUGCAAUUAUCACUGAUCCUCCGUAUGGCAUCUGUGAAUCUACAAGAACAGGCUCACAGAAGGAAAUACCAAAGGGGAUGGAGAAGUGUCCAGAAAGCCACUUUCCUGCUUCCUUGAGUUAUCACCUGAGCGACAUGUUUUUUGACCUAUUGAACUUUGCUGUAGAGACCCUUGUUUUAGGGGGAAGACUAAUCUACUGGCUACCAAUGUAUACACCAGAAACCAGGAUGAGAAAAGGCCAGAAGAGUCAAAGGGAAGCACCACGCCGGCUUCGGCCGGGGCGACAGCCAACGCCUGUUGCUGCGCGGCGGCUUUGUAGCCGCCGCCCCGGAGCUGCCCUUUCCUCUUCGGGGAAGUUUGUAAAAGCUGCUAGAGACUUGGAGGAAGCCUGGAAAGUGCGGGGUAGGACUGUCUGUUGCCCUUGCCUCCUCAUCUCCUUUACCUUACCUCCCUUCCCCAAUCCUGGUUCUCCCCUCCUGCAGCUGCUUUUGCAAGCUCCUAGCCGUCAGCCCCCCUCCCCUUCAGUCCCGCUCGGCCCAACGCUGCGAGUCAAUCUGCAGAGAGGUAAACUCCCUUUGGCUGCGAGCGGGCUAGUCUAA